AUCCGUCACUAAUCCCCGGGUCUAAUCUGGUCACUGGGUCAGUAACAGUGUUCUGCCUAAUAGCCAUUGCCACAUCUCCGUCCUUCUCCAACACACUCUGUUUCAUCAUCAGACGCCAUGACAACCGCCAGACACUUCAUCUUUUCAGGGCUUGUAGUGAGCAUAACUCUUGCAGCUGCAUAUGUCGAAGAACUCGAUGAAAGAUUUAAUGAGAUGCGUAAGAGUGAACCCUGGCUGGUCGAAUUUUACGCUCCAUGGUGUGAAUACUGUAAAACCUUCGAGCUGAUCUGGUACGACGUUGCUGCUGAGCUGAAGAGUCAAGGCUCUCACAUCAACGUGGGCAAAAUGGACACCACUGUUUACGCCGAUGCUGUGACAGACUUUAAAAUUCAUGGAUAUCCUUCUAUAAUCUUUAUAAAAGGAGAGAAGUAUUUUCACUUCAAUGGCCCGAGGACUAAAGAUGCCAUCGUCGAGUUCGCCAGCAGGGUAUCUGGUCCCUUCGUGAGGGUUCUGAGCAGCGUCCGGCUCUUCCAGCACGCCCUGAGCCACCAUCAGCUGUUCUUCCUCUACGUCGGAGGGAGGUCACCACUUAAGGGUCAGUUUUAUAAAGUGGCGUCUGAAUUUGUCAUCCACAACUAUUUUUUCGCGGCCCCCCCGGACGUCCUCCCAAAGGCAGUUGCGUUGCAGGACGUCCCCUCCGUCGCAGUGUUCAAAGACGGAUCGUACGUCGUCUAUGACGAGGUACGUGAAGGCAAUCUAUCCUCCUGGGUGGAGCGAGAACGUUUCCCUCGUUAUUUCCUGAUGGACAGCUUCUCGUUGUAUCAGAUGGGAGAACGAACGAAACUUGUAGCCGUAGCCGUGGUGGAUGAAAAAAACCCAUCUGCAGAAAGUAUUCGUUAUAAGAGCCUGGUGGAGAAGGUGGCCACCGAGCACGGCGAGCAGUACAGCACGAAGUUUCAGUUUGGCUACGUGGAUGGAAACGACUACAUCAAUGGUGUCAUAAUGGGCGACUUGCCAGUGCCUUCAAUCAUUGUAUUGAACAUGUCCAUUGAUGGAUAUUAUCUUCCUGGAUCCACAGUUAAGACCAUUGAAGAGCUUCUCGAGUUCCUCAAUAGCAUCCUGACUGGAAGAUCUGAGUUGUUCGGAGGAAACGGAUUCCUGCAGCGGAUAAAGAGACUUUAUUAUCGUGCGACAUCCGCAUUGAAGACGAGCUUCGCAUCAUCUCCCUUUGGUACGUGUUUUCUUAUUUCCUUGCCGUUAGUCGUGAUCGGAUUCGUCGCCACGGGAAUCUGCACGGCCGAGCGAGUAGAUGAUGAAAAAGCAGAUGAUGGCCCUCAUCCUGUGGUCACUCGCAGAAAGAGAGCAGCUGUGAAACACUCGGAAGCCAAGAAAAAAGAUUAAACGGACCACAAACACUGCAGUGGAUCCCAGCUCUGGUUCUUCACAGCCAUUACCUUGAACAUUUUCCUGUUUUCUCUGGUCUAACACACACUCAUCGACUCAGCAAAGGGCUGUUAGUUGACAAAUUAGUUUAAUUAACUGUGUAACAGCGGAUAACUCAAUGAAACAGGCACCAUUGCAGGAGACCAGUGUUUACCGAAUUACAAUUCAUCCCUCGUUUAUGGAAUCUCAUAUGUUCAAAGUCUGAUAAUAAAAACCCACUCGUAAUGUA